AUGUACAACCCGUCGAUGGUGCGCUACGACGACUGGGUGGCGGCCAAGUUGAAGCUGGCAAACCGGACGACCGCCGCGUUGUCCUUCGGCGGCCUGUUGCUGUACUCGGUGACCUGGUUGCUGUUGGCCCCGUUCAUCUACGUGCUGUUUGAGGAUGAACCCGACAUCGAGGCGACGCAGCGCACGCAGGACAACACGCAGGGUGACUCUUCGAAGAGCGGAAGCCGGAAGGUGGCCAAGCCCGAGCCGGCCAGGAAGAAGAAUACCGAGACGCUCAAGGAGAACAAGACGCAGACCGAGAAGGAGAGGACAAAGGCGUCGAACACGACGAAGACGGGCGCCGCUGCCGCCGACGCCGACAAGUCGCGCUCGUCGGGUGGUUCGGAGUCGCAGGAGACCAAGGAAAAGCGGCGCUACAACGUGAAGAUCAUCUCCGACAAGAGCGCCGUCCAGGAGAAGGGUGCGGCUGGGGCUAUGGACACCGAUGAGAAGCGGAAGGAGAUGGCAGAUUUACUGCAAAAACCCCGGAUCUCCAAUGAAAAACCGAAACGUUCGGAGGACGAA